UGUUUCAGAUACUGCAGUCGCCGCCUAAUAGCCUCGAGCACUUUUGCACAUUUUAAAGUACAAUUCAAUUGUUUGGUGGCAUUGCUCCCCGCGUACUCUGUAACUGGGUUAAAGGGCACUGAAUCUCAACUUUGAUCGGCAACAGUGACAGCAGGUUGCGUGUCCUGCUCAGGUGCCCUGGAGAGGACAACGAGGCACUGUUUGCACCUGUUGUGAUAAAUGUAGGCUAUGUGACGACAUCAUUAUAUCCAGUUUACUCUAACAUAACCAAGACAAAUCACUUUUAAGAUAACACUUUAUUAAUGCAAAACAACGGGUGGAGUCCUGCAGCAGGUGUGUCGUUGACAUGACUUUUACUCAUUCCGUGAGCCAGCAGUCGUCCCUUCUACGUGUCUGUGACUGUGAGUCAGUCGCCACGUGUGGGCGCGUGUUUUGUCGGUACAGACAGAUGCUUUGCCAGUAAUUUCCUCGAUGCCCCGAUGCGCUCAUUGGUGCGUCCCUCCAACGUGUCACCAGUUUUGGUGGAUUACCCCAGAUAUCUUUACACAGGGAGGUGAAACACCAGUCAUUUCUCUCAUCUCCUGUCUGCUCCUGUCCAGCUGCAAGCAAGGACCUUUGACAGCAUUAAGAAAACUUGUGACCUCCAACGAACAACUCAGUAAAAUAAGGAUUUGAAUUUUUUUAUUCAUUCUUUUACGCACGUCGACUGCAGCAAUGAAUUCAUUUAUUUCAGCGUCGAGGAUGACGCCUUCCUCUUCCUUCCCAACGUUUCUUUUUUGGGCACUCUUGUUCAUGAAGGGUCACUGUGUCAGUGGCUUCCCGGGCUGCGCGUCUUGUGGCUUGCCGGCGAUGGAAAAAGACGCAGAGGAAAGGCUGAUGAUAGAAAUUGCCAAGCAGCAACUUUUGGACAAGCUGCACCUGAAAGAAAGACCAAACAUCACUCAGACGGUGCCCCGGUUGGCGCUCCUCACUGCGCUGCGUAAACUGCACUCGGGGCGCGUCAGACAGGAUGGUACUCUUGAACUAGAAAACAACAUACCUCCAAAAGAUAAAGGCUAUGAAAUAGUGAGCUUUGCAGAUAUAAAUCAGACAGACAAUGGUGAUAAGGCCAGCCUCAGUCUUGCCUUCCAGUUUCUGCAGGAACGUGGCCAUAGUAUCCAGGUCCUCCAGUCUUCUCUGUGGGUCUACGUCCGCUCCUCCGAGGACCCUCACAGACACUCCCGCCUGUCUGCCCAGGUCUUCCUCUCCGCAGACGAUGGGGAGUCAGACUCUAACCGCACCCUGGUGAUAGAAAAAAUGCUGGAGGUCCAGGAAAGUAACUGGCACACCAUCCCCAUCACCCGCACUCUACAGGCAUUCCUGGAUGGCAGCCAACACCAGCUGCGGCUAGAGGUCAGCUGCGACGAGGAUGGCAAGAACCUUUGCUCCCUGGAUGGCUCUGCUGACACACCCUACCAACCUUUCAUGGUGGCCCAGGUGCGUCUCCGUGACAACCACUCCAAACACUCAUUGAGGAGGCGCUCGCUGCGUUGUGGUGAUGAUGUCACGGUGUGCUGCAAGAGAGACUUCUACAUCAAAUUCAAGGAUAUCCAGUGGCAUGACUGGAUCAUUGCACCCGAGGGUUACCAUAUGAACUACUGUAUGGGUCAGUGCCCCCAACAUCUGUCUGGCUCCCCAGGAAUAGCAUCUUCAUUCCACGCCACUGUCUUCAGCCAGCUGAAAGUCAAUGGUAUUAACACAGCUGCAUCUUCAUGUUGUAUUCCCACUGAGCGUCGGCCACUCUCCAUGGUGUACUUCAACUCUCAGCACAGCAUUGUCAAAACAGACGUCCCUGACAUGAUAGUGGAGUCCUGUGGAUGUACAUAAAGGACAGAGGAUGGUACAGAUAAUGUAGAUUUGUUUUAACUGAAAAGGGUACCGAAACACUGAAAAGAUACAAUCACACAUGACAGGAGGUAAAAAUCGAAUUAUUUCCUUGUGUUUAGAUUACAUUAGGGAAAUAGCAGGCACAUAGAAAAAGACAGUAUUAUAGGAUAAGUUAUCACCUCAACUCUCAGGUCUAUUCUAUAAAGAAUAUAUGCAAAUUUGAAGAUUUAACUCACUUGAUAUUUUUUUUGCAUGUUAUAUAGUAAGAAAUCAGUCUGUGGUUCAUCAUAAUUUUGUCUUGUAAGAUGCAGUAUGCAAAGACUAAGUUGAAGAGAAAAUUUUGAGUGCCUAGAGCCACUUGAGAAAAUUUAAAUGAGCCUAUGCAAACAGUCUGAAUGCAGAUGCAUUUUUGUCAAUCAUAACAUAUGGCAGAUUAGAAAGGUGUGAUAUUAAUGUAUUAAUGUAAAACACUGAUAGUGUAGGCGAGCAGAUGAGGCCAAGGCUCAUUUAUGGAGGUCACACCAAACAUAAAUAGAUUAAUUUGAAGACUUCACUAUAUUUUAAGUUCUAGAACUGCAAUCUUUUCAUUUCUUUUUUUUUCAUUUUCAUCAUAUGUAGGUUAUUUAUUUUAUAUUUCACAAAUGCUGCUGGAAUUCAGAUCAUAGUAAAAGCUUUUAUGGUUCUCAGGAAACU